AUGAACCGCAUCAAAGCCGGUCGCAAAAAGGCCGAAGGGGGUGCAAGAUCGUUGAUCCCCUGUAUAGUCUUCCUCAUUUCCGCUGCGUGCGUCAUUUUGGUCAUUUCGUACACCGGCGCAAACGUCGCCACGAAAGCAUCAUCCGCGCAGCCCGGCGCAAAGAACCCGCGCGGAGGGGGGGAAAGCGCGGACGUCAUGGAGGAAGGCGGGGGGGAGGGGGAUGACGCGGGGGAAAUUUCGUUCGUAAAGGGUGGCGUAGGCGCGGCGCCAUUCCUGCCGGAUUUCGAUCUGAGCCGUCCAGUGGAGCACGGGCCGAAGGGGAAGCGGUUGAGUAAAGAGGAGCAGGAGUACGUGAGCGCGGAGGCGGAAUACCAGAUGCGUCUGGCGCGGCGGAACGAGCUGACAGGGGGCAAGCGCCCCGAGCCGCCGUUCCCGCGGUGGAAGCCGGGCAAGAUCAAGGAGGUGUUCCUCACGCCCACCUACCCCUGCAAGCGCGCCGAGCGCCUGGGGGGCACGGGGGCGGACGGAGAAGGCGGAAAGUGGGUGUGCAACAUCCGGAAACUGAGAGGAGGGGGCAGGAGGCCUAUCGUGUACAGUGUGGGCAGUGCAGGGGAAACCUCCUUCGAGCAGGCUGUGAGGGAGCGGCUGCGCACCAAGGCGUUCACCUUCGACCCGUUUCUGGACGACCAGCAGGCAGCAGCGCUGCGAGCCAAGCACCUGCUGCGGUACAUCCCCAUCGGCCUUGGUGCGGGCAAGCAGCUCUCUGCUUUACGGCGGGGGGCGCCGGGGAAGCGGUUUGCCACGCUGGCCCAGCUGAUGGGGAAGCUCAACCACUCUCACAUAGACGUGCUGAAGAUUGACUGUGAGCGCUGUGAGGAGCGGCUCAUGGAGGAUCUGCUCAACACGUUUGGCAAGGAGAAUCCACCAGCAGAGCAAAUCUUAGUGGAGAUUCACCAGAUUCGCCACGUGGCCAGGACCACGCAAGUCCUCUUCCCAUUGGAGGACAUGGGUUACCGCCUCUUCAAUGCAGAGGCCAACCCACGCUCUUACCUGUCAUAG